UUUAUUGAGAGCUAAGUUGCUUUUCACGACUCUACAUAUUCCUCACAUUUCCUCUCACGGACUCAUUUUGUUUUUUGUGUAAAUAAAAAAAGCUUUGUAUGCAUCAUACUUUAAAAGUAUUCAUCUGAAAGGACCCAAAAGGUGAGUUAAAAACAGUUUAAUACUGUUAAACAGUUUAAUACACUUCAGACCACAGACAGGGUGCAAAGAAAAGUAAGUGCCUUUUAGUCCAGAUGCCGUCCUCCUCUGUCCUCCUAAAUACGGGGGUUCAGAUGCCCCUCCUGGGUUUGGGGACCUACAAACUACGAGGUUCUGAGGAUGUCUACAGAGCUGUGGAUGCUGCCCUGGCUUCUGGUUACCGGGCUUUUGACAGUGCAGCUGUCUACCGGAAUGAAGCUGAAUUGGGCCGAGCCCUGAGGGAGCUGCUGCCAAAACAUGGCCUGACCAGAGAGGAUGUGUUCAUUACCAGUAAGCUGGGCCCCAAAGAUCAGGGUGAGAAGGCUAUGCAGGGAGCCCUACACAGCCUGUCUCAGCUGGACUUGGGUUACAUUGACCUCUACCUGAUCCACUGGCCUGGCACACAGGGACUGGUGGUAGCUGACCAACGCAACCCAGUCAACAGAGCUCAGAGCUGGGUCGCAUUGGAGGAGCUGCAUGCACAGGGAAAGCUGAAGGCCAUCGGAGUGUCCAACUACACACCGGCACACAUGAGGGAGCUGAUGCAGAGCUGUAAGGUCCCUCCUGCAGUGCUACAGGUGGAGUUCCACCCACAAAUGUGCCAGGCAGAGUUGAGGAGUGUGUGUAAGGAGUUUGGAGUGUGUUUCCAAGCUUACUCGUCUUUAGGGAUAGGAAACCUGCUCACAGACCCUGUGGUCAUGGAGGUGGCAAAGAACUGUGAACGUACACCUGCACAGGUCUUGUUGCGUUGGGCGGUGCAGCAGGGUGUCCCUGUGCUCCCUAAGUCCUCACAUCCAGACAGAAUAAAGGACAACGCCAGGCUCUUUGACUUUACACUGAGCGACACAGACAUGAACAGACUGUCAGCUUUGGACUGUGUACACAAGUACUGCUGGGAUCCUUCAGAGGUGGUCUGAUAAACCACCAGUGGGACACUCGUUGACUUCAAUGAUGCCUUAUUACUGAUUUUCUUCAGUUCUAGCUAUAAUGUAGUAGAAUGAAACUGAGCCAAUGUUUUGAGGACUUGGGAUAAAUGAAUACAAUUGAGAGCACAAGUAACACUUAACUGACUGAUGUGCUAUGACACCUGACAACCUUUCCAAGCAGUACUCAUACCUUUGUUACCUCAUGAUCAAAAAAUACAUUUUCUUUUUACAAAUCAA